AUGUCCGAGGAGGAUGGCGGAGACGAAGAAGCUCCCGAGGCUAGCGAGGCGCACCUCCUCCAGGGCGACGAGGCCGAGGCCGAGGCCGGCCGCGCGGCGGAGGCUGCGGCGGCAGCUUCCGCGGCGGCGCCCGCGGGCGCGGCGGCCGACGACGAGGCCCGGCCCCUGACGGAGGAGCGCGCGGAACCGGAAGCGGCGAGCGCCGCGGUGCCGAAUCCACUCGGGGAGCUGGCCGCGAUUAGGGCCCAGCACCACGAGAGGUUCCGGGAGCGCGAGGCGGCGACCGGAGCAGCAGCAGCGGCCGGAGCAGUGGCCGAGGAGGCCUCCGCCCGGCGGGAGGCCGAGGAGCGGAGGCUGGCGCAGGAGCGGGAGGACGCCGAGCUGGCGGCCCGGCUGGCCCAGGAAGAAGAGCAGAUCCAGCAGCAGCGGCUGGAGAGUGACGAGGAGUACAGCCGGCAGCUGGCCCAACAGCUGAACAACAGCAGUGGCAGCUCGCACGCGUCCCCAGCUGGCGCCGGCGGCCAUUCGCACAGCUACCCGAGCAACAGCGGAGCCGAAGCGGCAGGGGCCGAGAUGGUGCCCAUACCGCUCGACGAGUCGGACUCGGAAUUGGGUGGCCCUUAUCACCAAAUGGACGACGAGGGCUACCGCGCGCCAAUGCGGACUGGCUACUCGGACCGCCUGAUCGAUCCUGCACAGGAUAUGCUCUUCCAGGACCGCCUGAUCGAUCCUGCACAGGAUAUGCUCUUCCAGGGGCUGUCGCUGCCCCAGCUGCUGCUCGGCGCCGGCGGCGGUGCCGGGCGGGAGCCGCUGGCGAGGGUCGGCGACCACGAGGCGGGCGAGGCUCGAGCCCUGGGCCUGGGCGCUCGCUGCGCACCGCUGGUCGCCGCCGCCCUGCCGGUGGUGUGUAUUGGCGCGCUCCUCGUCAUGCUUACGGUGCUGAUGAUGCAGGGGAAUUGA